AUGGCUGUUUCCAUCAAGAGCAGUGUAGAUUACCAGAAACCAGAAAGCAAAAACCGCCCUAAAGGCACAUGCAAUUCAACACAUGGAUUUUUCACCAAAUACUCAGAUAGGAUUCUCUCUGGUGAAAUCAAAGAACGGACCACGCUCUUCACAGAAUGGAUUGCAGUUAGCGUGCAUGUGGCUGAUGUGUAUAUCUGUCUGGCAGAGACCACAAACAGUGGCCGUCUCUGGUCUCUUCAACCACGCUCAGGAAGAGGAGCUCUUCGUUUUUCAGGUAGGCUUUACGGGAUCCAGUUUACAGGACUCCUGGGGAUAUUUAGAUUCUGCAAAUCAAAAUGCCACAGAAACUUCAAAAAGAAGCGAAAUCCCAGAAAGAUGAGAUGGACCAAAGCAUUCCGGAAAGCAGCUGGCAAAGAAUUGACAGUGGAUAAUUCAUUUGAGUUUGAAAAACGUAGAAAUGAACCAGUGAAAUACCAGAGAGAGUUGUGGAACAAGACUGUUGAUGCAAUGAAGAGAGUGGAGGAAAUAAAGCAAAAACGCCAAGCUAGAUUUAUUAUGAACAGAUUAAAGAAGAGCAAAGAGUUGCAGAAGGCAGAAGACAUCAAAGAAGUCAAACAGAAUAUCCACCUUCUUCGUGCUCCACAUGCAGGCACACCAAAACAGCUGGAGGACAAAAUGGUGCAGAAGCUACAAGAGGAUGUGGCUAUGGAAGAAGACUCUUAAAAUGCUUUUAUUUUCUAUUUAUAUCUCUUCAGCAGUUAACAGUUCCUUACUGCCUCACCUGACAUCAUUCAGAACUGUGCUUACAGUUGAAGAAAAAUACAUUUUAAUGAAUAGUGGUCAUUUACAGUUUGAAUGAUUUUUGGUUUUAUAAAAAAAUAAUAUGGAUACUGGUUUGGGCAGUACUUACAAUUAUGUAAUUUGAGAAAACCUUGUCAGCAGCAUGGAGAAUAAGGCAUAUUGUUUGAGAUACUAUGUGCUCCUUGGAAAGUUACACUUGCUGUCUGGGUAACUUUCCCCUGAUAAUUCAAGGAAUAAAACGUGUCGGCCCUGA